AUGGCAGACCCUCAAGAGACUAUUUCCAUCGUCGUGGAAUUUACCGGCGGUUUAGAAAUCCUGUUUGCCAACGAGCGCAGGUAUCGUCUAUCAAUUCCAACGCAUACAAACGAGGAUCGAAAACGACCUACUAUUGCUUGGCUCAUUCAAUAUCUUGUCGAGAAUCUGAUGCAAGAUCCGAGGAAGGAGUUAUUCGUCCUUGAUGAUCAUGUGCGCCCUGGUAUUCUUGUCUUGAUCAAUGACGCCGAUUGGGAGCUCGAGGGCGAAGAGGCCUAUGAGAUACAGCCCGGGGACAAUAUAUUGUUUGUCUCUACAUUACAUGGAGGAUAG